AUGGCAGACAGGCAGCGACCAAAUCACGAGGUCAAGGACAGUGGCCAUGGGGUAUACAGCUCAUCGGGCUCAGCGCACGCGCGCAGGAAUUCGACGGUUUAUGCAGCUGCAACGAACGCUCCGGUAGCGGCCAGAACAGAGCCGCAAAGACAGGUGACCGAGAUGCAGGAGGAUGGAUCACGAGAGUCUGAGACACAAGGAAUACCUUACGGACCUACAUCUGGGCCUUCUCCAAUGCCAUACACACCAUCACAAACACCCGUCAGCGAGCCCGACAUGACACCAAUUGAGCACCACACAGAAGAGAGCAUCAAGAACGACAUAAAACACUUUAUCAACGAGGAAAUGGAGCCCGGCGGCCAGCAUGCAUGGUGCUACGAGAAUGCCGACGAGAAGCCUCCGAUCACGCCCGACAGUCUGGCUGAGCUGGACAUGCCCCGAAUCAUCAACAACCCGAAACUUCGACAUGAUGUCAACUUCGACCGCGAGCUACAUUUCAGGCCCAAUCUUGACGGAUCCAAGGGCAAGCAGAAGAUGCAGCAAGCUGACCAGUACUGGAGAGCACUGCAGGCCGAGCUCUUCAUGAACAGCCUAGCACUGCAGCGGCGGUAUCAGUCACCAGACAAUGCUCCGUACUGGGAACGUAUCGGGAAGGAGUCCUUGAAGCGCUUGCCGCACAUCUUCAAAGCUGUCCGAGACAUCCUCAAGACACUGGUGCCUGACUAUGAUCAGAAGGUCGUGAAGGAGCGGCUAGAUGUGGAACACAUCAUGCAGCAGAUCCAGAACGGUGUCUGUGACCUCUUUGACCUUGGCAACUGGUUGGCCAAGGUCUUGAAGAACCACUGCGCGCCCAUGCGAGAUGCACUGGUCGACAGCAUGCAGAAGGAGAUCAAGCUUGGCGCUACCAACAAUGAUUGCGAAAAGUUGGCAAACGGUCUCCGUUUGCUUAUGAACAUCCUCGAGGCGAUGAAGCUUGACGUAGCAAACCACCAAAUUAGGCACAUGCGACCUCUACUCAUCGACGAUACGAUCAACUUCCAAAGGCGGUACAAUCUUCAUCGGAUUCAGCUGGGCAAGAUCAACCCGGUCGAGGCUAGGCGGUGGAUGAACGACCAAAUCCAGCCGUUUGGAUUUGAGUCGAUACCGCUGCACGCAGUCGCACGAGCUCUGAUCCAGGAUUUACUCUACAACGACUCGUCAUCCUUCUGUCCUCAAACAUUCUACCUGGACUCUGACCGCCUUAAAGCAUUAAGACUGGAACUGCACAACAAAGUCUACCACGCAAUUUGCCGUGAUGUGCUUCGAGAGAUAGCAUCUCCCGAUCUGCCACACGCACAUCUUGCAGAAGCCUACGAAGCACUGCAUCAUUCUGUUACAGCCAUCGUCGGGGCACAUGGCAAAUUUGCGGAGCGUUUCGAGAACAUUGCGGCGGAGAUUGUGCGUGUGUUACUUGUUGUCGAAGAUCGCUUCCCACCCUAUGAUCUCAGUCUACAAUGUCUCGCAGAGCAGAAACUGGUGCAACGCCUACGACGAGACUGUAGCGCUUUUAGGGAAAACGCUCAGAUGCUGGCCGAUGAGAUAAUCGCCAAGAUCAAGGACCAUGUGCACGACCACGUACGACUUUCCGCUCUGGACUUGCAGGAUAUCCUGGUUCCUGUGGCCUCGUCCACAUCUUCGCGACAUUCGAUGGGCUUCGGCGCAAUGUACGAUCCAAUGAUGAGCGACAUGCGUCCCGUGCCUGUUGACCGUCACGAGGAUGUCGUCCGCCGGUUUACGCACAUCAUCGCGCUGCACUGGCAAGUAUGGGCUGACAUGGUAUAUCUUGCUCCCCACCAGGAUGGAGACGAUGACAGCGCAUCGGACAAUGGCAGCACCAGCACGAUCGUACAGUCACAACAGGGCUCGCCCACAAUACCUGUCGCGACCGCGGUGUACGCUCCUGGACGGAAGUGGCUGCCAGUUAGUGUCACAGUCACCGAUGUUCCCAGUGGACUGCCGUCACCUGCCUCUUCGCCGAAGCCGGAAGAUGGCGAUCUGGCCGAUCCGACAAACGAAGACAAUCUGGAUCAGCAGCAACGACAACCUGCAUGA